GUCCACCGACUCUAACCGACGUGUGUCAGGAAGCCUCUUCAUAAGUCUAAAUACUCUCACAUAUUACUCGCCUUAGUGCAUCGAAGCAACCACAAAGUUGCUUCUCUCGUUGGUAGUUACUUAACGAUGCCAAGUAAACGGCGAUAGGGAGGCGAAUAAACGUGCAUCGUACCACUUGAACGCCCACUCAUCGAUGUUGUAUGCCCGGUCGUUCGCUAAAAAACAAACUCAGCCUCGGUAGCUUCAAUCGGAUACAUCAGCGGACAGCCUCCUUAAAAUCGUUCGGUAUCCCUCUCAUUCCUUACAAAAACUCCCUUCCUUCCGACCUCGAUCUCUUCUCUAUUUCUGGGAACGAACCUGAGUUCGACGACGAUUCCGGCAGUGGUACAUUUGACGAUCCGAAUAUCUUUGAAAUCAUCGAUAUGCACGGCUCUCAGGACUCCUCGUCGUCGACGUUACCUCCACCUGUCGUUCAGACUGGAUCUUCGCAAUACUCGAUAGGCAAGAACAGACGUGACGGUGAUGAUAAUGCUAUGGUGAGGUUGAAAAAACAUUUGUUUGCGGAGGUCGAUGGAGAUCAGUCCACGGCGCCCUUGUCUGUAUAUUGCUUUAUGACUGGUUUCAUUGACUCGGUCACGUUCUCUGCUAUAUUUGUCUGGUGCGCUUUCCAAACAGGAAACAGUGUACAACUGGCCCUUGCCCUUGCUCGCCUGUUCAGCGGGCAGCACGACCACUCGUUCCACAUAGCGGACCGUCAAGCGCUGUGUUCCGUGCUCACGUUCAUUUUUGGCGCCUUCAUCGGCCGUCUCGGCGAUAAGUUGGGAUGCAAGACACGUUUGUGGCUGUCCCUCGGCACAUUCAUUCAAACCCUCUUUACAAUGGCCGCCGCUAUUGCGAUAUGGCAGAGCCAUCAGGGUAGCGUUGCUGAUGCGCGCGCCAACCCCGCAUGGACUAGCGCGUUGUCCUUCGUGUGUGUUGGCUUCUUGAGCGCGAGUAUGGGCUUGCAGGGCAUUAUGGGGAAGCGUGUCAAUACACAGUUCACUACUACAGUUGUGCUCACGACGACUUGGUGUGAGCUCAUGGCCGAUCCUCAGCUCUUUGACAUCCGACGAAUCGUCAUUUCGCGCGAUCACAAGAUCGUCGCCAUUGGCAGUCUGUUUCUUGGAGGCUUUAUCGGCCGUGUAUUGAUCGACAGUAUUGGUUCGGCUGCUACGCUCGGCAUCGGCACAGGCAUCCGAUUGAUUAUCAGUAUAUGGUGGCUUUUCAUCCCGGAGAAGCAGGCCAAGAAGUAAAAAUGAGUAUGAAAUGUUCAUGAAUGUUUAUGUCCAUGUACAUAUUUUCAUUACCGACGACUAACGAGAUACUACGGGUAGAGGAGACGAGAGGAUGACGCGAAGUGUAGAUGUUUUUGUUUUCAAUUAUACCAGUAGUGUGUUGCAUUUUUAGUGUAGUGUUUCCUAGAGUUUUUUUGUUUUGUUUUCAGAUACAGUGAGUCAUUACGAUUUUGCAUGCACAGCGGGGAGGGCUCGGUCGAACAUAAACGCGUCGGUUCAUUCUUCCAGCUUUUUCGUGACUUUCUGGUUUUAUCCACAACCUUGUCUGAAUCGAUGGAUCUAGACCUCUCAACGUUCUGUUUCCAUUGCUGCUUCCUUGUCAGCGCGUGGGCGCUCUUUACCAUCGCUUCCUUCGUACGCUGUUAAAUCUGCGAAGAUCAAGCCGUCUGGCCAUUGUCAUCUCUCACUACCGACUCUUGUCAUCUCGUCGAGCCUCAAGCUCUGAGCUU